AGUCCCCGCUUCCCGGCGCGAUAGCGGCCGUUGCUGGCUGGCUGGCGGUUGGUCGCUCGCUCGCUUGCUCGCUCGCUCGCUCGGGGAUCGCUGGGCCGCAGCAAGGCGCCGCUAACAUGGCCUUCAGACGGGACUCAGACGAAAUAAUAUCUCCUCUUAUUAGGAUGCCUGAGCUCAGCAGAUCUGCAAGGCGAUCCAGCACUGGAGAACAACUUAUUGAACUGAGGCCAGCUGCUAAAGGAGCUUCUAGUAUACACCUGCCAGUAGUUGGCCGUGCUGAAGGUCAUAUAUUUCAUGAAUUCUAUACUGCACAGACCAGAGUUUGUCCCCUUAAAAUACAUGAUCUAGCUGGUACUUCAUUGACAUUUCAACAUUCCGUAACAUUAACAACACCAAAUGAAUCAACGCACCAAAUUUCAUUUGAAUUAGAUGAGAUUGAAGGAGACGAAUUCACUUCACAGGGGAUUAUCUUGAAGUCAUUUGCUUCACCUGCAAGUUUCACUGAGGACUUAACGCUUAGUGCUGCCCUAUUGAAUGUGGAUGAUCCAGGAGUAACUGCAUCAGCCCGCCUGUUCCCGGAGUUUUUGAAUUCUUUCCUGAGUCAUUUAUCUAGUCCUAUCUUUGAUCUCAUUGAAUCUUAUGAAGAUACUUGUAAUGAACAGGUUAAACUGCUGCAGAAGAUUGUGAACCGUGCAACUCCUGGGCAACAGAAGUUUUCAAAAACAGCCAGUGUUCUUUGGUUUCUUCAGCAGGAGAUGGUCACUUGGCGUUUAAUUGGCUCUCUUUACAGGGAUAGAGUUGAAUCUAGUAAUGAAGAGGGAGUAAUGUAUGAUAUAUCUACUCCAAAUGCAACUGAAAAGACCAUUGUUGAGAUGCUUUUCCUGCGAGAUUCACUGAUCCGACAGAGCCAGAUUGUUGUAGACUGGUUAGAGAGUAUUGCCAACGACGAGGCUGGAAAUUUUGCAGAGAAUAUAGAAUAUUAUGCAAAAUCUGUAUACUGGGAAAAUACACUGCAUGUGUUGAAACAACAAAGAUCUGGAAUCUCUGGAUUUUCAAGGCAACUUGUGACUGAGCUGGAUCCAGAUGCUCCUAUAAGACAGAAAAUGCCUCUUGCUGACUUGGAUAGGGAAGAUGAUGCCAGAUUUAUGAAAUAUCUCUUUGCUCUCAUCCGAGCUGGAAUGACAGAUAAGGCUCAGCGACUCUGUGAACGUUGUGGUCAGGCUUGGAGAGCUGCAACGCUCGAAGGGUGGAAACUGUAUCACGAUCCAAACCUUAAUGGCGGAUCAACGCUUGAAAGUGUAGAAGGAAAUCCAUACAGAAGUGUUUGGAAGGCUUGUUGUUGGAGGAUGGCAGAAGAUGAACAGUUUAACCGAUAUGAACGAGCAAUCUAUGCUGCUCUAAGUGGAAACCUAAAACAGCUCAUUUCAGUAUGUGAUACUUGGGAAGACUGCGUUUGGGCAUACUUCAGGGUCAUGGUAGACACUCUUGUGGAACAAGAAAUCCGCUCAUUGAGUCCUAUGAGUGAAUUUGAAGAGUUACCUAAAGAAUACAUAGAGGCGAAUUGGACACCAGAGGCAAUAUUUGAAGAAAUGCAAGCAACAGACAAAAGGCAAGUCUUAGAGGAGAAUAAAGCUCAUUAUCACAUCAUUCAGAAAUACAUAAUCUUGGGAGAUAUCGAUGGCCUGAUGGAUGAAUUUCGGGAUUGGCUUACAAAGUGUAAGUUACAGCUUCCUCCUCAUCUCCUACGUUUCAUGACUCAUCUCGUGUUGUUCUUAUGGAAUCUUGGCAUACCAACAAAGGAGGAUGUUUGUAUGGGCAUUCUAAAAAGCUAUAUUGAGUUCCUAAUUGGAAUGAAGUACAUAGACUUGAUAGCAUUUUAUGUAAGACAUUUACCGCAGCAAUUGGGUAUAGCUCAAUAUUCAGCAUUUUUGGAGACCGUCACAGAGACGGAACAAAGGAAACGUUGUCUAGACCUUGCAAGAGAGGCUGGUCUUGAUGUAGCAGCUGUGACAAAGUCUGUCGUGGAAAAUAUCAGGAAAAGGGAUGCCAAGGACUUUACUCACCAUGAUCUAUCACCAUCUCUGGACACUGCUACGACAAAAGAAGAUCAAUUGAAAAUUAAUGUAAUUGAGUGGUUGAUGUUUGAUCCUUCGCAAAGGGCAGAAGCACUAAUACAAAGCAAUGCGAUCAUGAGAAAAUUCUUGGCUUCUAAGAAAUAUGAAGCAGCUAAAGAAGUGUUCAGCAAAAUCCCACAGGAUUCUAUAGCUGAGGUGUAUGCAAACUGGGAUGAUUAUGGAAUGGAAUCCAUGCCUCCAGCAGAGGAUGAAAAUGCUGUCCGGGAACACUUGUGUAUAAGGGCUUAUCUGGAAGCACACGAAAAAUUUAAUGAGUGGUUUAAAGUGAUGCAAUCUGCACCACCAGAACCCACUCUUACUGAAAAUGCAAGUUUCACAGAGACGGUGGCUCAUGAGCACAAGCAGAAAAAGUUCCAGAUUGAUUAUAAAAGAUGGAGUGACAACUUAGAAGAACUGACCAAUGAUGUAAAAGAAAAUAUCUAUAAUGUCUUACUUUUUGUAAAUGGAGGAUGGUUGGUUGACAUAAGAGAGAAUGGUGAAGAAGAUGUCGAGCGCAAGCACCAGUUGAAAUUGUUACGUCAGCUCUGCCUACCAGCCAUGUGCUUCCUGCUUCAUACUGUGUUGCACAGCACUAAGCAAUACCAACAAUGUUUAAAGCUGGCUGAUGUGAUUUCAUCCGAACAACACAAAAUUUAUCAAGUGUUUGCUAAGGAGGAAAUGGCUAAGUUUUUGCGAUUGUUGAGAGAGUCAUCACUCAUGCUGUUGGAUCAGAAUCUCGGACCUCUCGGAUAUGAAUUACAGUCCUAGAGGAUAUCUGAAAUUGCUGUGAGAAGAUACGAUUCCUUUAAAAUAGGAAUCCAAAAUUUGCCAAUUUCUGUUCAGAUUUCACAAUUUCUCAUCCACCACCCUUGCUUCUCCAUUUAAAGUUGAACUUUGUUUAACUGGAAAUGGCCAACAUUGGAUUUAUUUACACUUUUGUAAAAAUCUUUUAGCAUUUUACUAAAAUGCACUGGUUCUGGUUUGUAAUUAUAAAUCAAUAAAGUGGAAAUAUUUUGUGUUUA